UCACUCACCAUCAGUUGGUAGCUUUGCAGGUUCAAGGCCACACAUUGUUAUACUUCCAUCGUCAGCCACGUUGCUGCAGACUCCACAAAUUACUUCAUCUUUGCAGAAGUAUGUCCAGUAGUGUCCAGAAAUGAUACUGCUUUUAAACUUUGUGCUCGUGAUAAUUUUACUUUCGGUAACUAAACUGCCCAUCCACGCCGUACGUAGUGCGGAAACCGCGGAAGAUGUCAGCUCCCAAAGCAGUGACGGUGAGCUGGACGGGUUGAAGGAAGUGUUUUAUCGAAACCUGAUGGCAGAUUUGCGCAUGGAAUCUGGGGAAAAUGUAGCACUUACACCAGAGCUGGAAAGCCGCGUGGAGGAACGCAUGGAGAGUUUCCUUCGCGCUACCGAUGGAUCCAGUUGGGUCCGUAGGCGACGGCAGACCAUGCGAAGCAAAGGAAAAAGGCAUAGCGCUCAAAUUGUCGCCGAUACAGCAGAAGCCGAACACCGCUACCUGAAGGGCUUCAGCGAGCGAGGUUAUGUCCCGGUGAACUUUCCCAUCGACCUCUGCCUUCUAAAGGUGGGACAUUCCAUCUUCGCUGGAUCUCUGCACCUUCGGAAGUCGAAGGACAGCUAUGCAAACCAUACCAUCGUGUCGUUCUAUAAAAGGCAACAAGGUCAGUUCCGCAAAUACAUGGAGUACACGGCCAUCCAGGCUCGUAACUUCGAAUGCAUUUCACACGGUUCGCUUGGUUUUAUCGCUGUGGUCAACUACUAUGAAAACGCCGCCAAAGAAGACUCCCCGGAAGCCCAUCCCAGUCUUGAUGAAGGUUCUCCCGUGUUUCAAAUUCAAGAAGACGGUACCACGGAGAUCAUCCAGAAGUUUAGCCAGUCCAAUCAGAACACCGUUCACAUGUGGACGGUCGGCAAUGAGUUCUAUCUAACGCAUACGUACCGAAAUCUGAACGAAAACGUCGAUAACGUAUGCCCCCUGUACCGUUGGUCCGGGUAUCACUUCGAUGUGAUCGAUGACCUGCCGUGUUACAAUUCGAUCUACAUUGAACCGUUCUCGAUCGCACAGACGUCAUACAUUGCGAUCGCCAAUCAGAUGAACGAUCAAGACGUCGAGGAGGACACUUUCUCCGACAUCUUUCGGUUUAACCACGAGGAGCAACGGUUCGAAUUCCAUCAGAAGAUCUACAUCUACUCCGUGUCGGAUAUAGCGUACUUUUUCCUGGAGCUGGGAGAGGUUCGGAAUCAUUUUUUGAUUACAGGAAAUUCCCGCGCAGGAAAGGAAACCGCGUCCGAGAAGCUGGACUACGAUCAGCACUCGAUCGUGUACAAGUUCGUCGACGGGUAUUUUGUGCCAUUUCAGAAGAUCGAGCUGCAUCAGGUGAAGAUGUUCCUUCCGGUUAUGCACGAGAAUGGCGAGUUUCUUCUACUGAUCCGGUGCAUUGGCAAACCGUUGUUGAUCUAUGAGUUUGACGGUUGGAAGUUCGUCCCUUCACGAAUCGAUUAUACGCGGGAUGUCUUCUCCACCGGAGUUUCCUUCAUGCGCGUCUACCGGCACAUUCUGAGCACUAGCUUGAUCGUGAUCGCCAAUAAGCAUAGCUUAGGAACGACGGCGAACAUAUUCUCACCGAUCUACGGCGUAGAGAACGACCUGAGAGAUGUCUACGGUGAAUUUAUCACGUGGUGUAGCGAAACGACCGAUCAACUAGAUAAUUUAAAUUUGGAAGAAGUUUACAACAAGCUGGUUGCUCUGCCGAAGAUUGCAGGGAACACCGUUAAAAUCGAGAAGGAUGUGGAAGUGAAGGAAUCGAGCGUGGAGUUACUCCGGACAAAAGUGUUGCAUACAAAAGAGUUCAUGUUCAAUCAGGAAGCGUUCGAUUAUUUGAACAACGUAAAUAGGCAAUUGCAAGAAUUGAAGCAGAAGGCGCAAAAGCUCCGCAGCUUAAUUGAUAACAGUUUGAAGUUGAGCGAGGCUGUAGAAGUGCGAGGAGACGUCAAGGCGCCACAGGUGAUCGCAUCCGGCGGAUUGGUGAGAGAUCUUGAGGCAAAGAAUGUCAACGACGAACGAGUGGUUGCAAGAGUCGCGAACCAGACUAAGCAGGAGGAGGUCAUCAAUGUCGAUCGACUGGUGGUCGAGGACAGACUGGCUGUUAAGUUUCUGAAUGGAUAUGCUAGUGAAACGUUGCUGCAUACCACGGAUGAUUUCCGAUCUAUGGGGAGCGUAGAUUUGCAUGUGAAGGAAGUGGAGGUUCGCGGAGAAUUGUUCGUAGAUAAAGCGAUCGAUGGAGUUCAUGUAUCGCCGGAUAAUGUUCUGAUCCGCGGUGCCGAUCAAGUGUUCACUGGAAAGACCCUGCGGGCUGACAAUCUGACGGUGGUUAACCUUUUGGCAAAGACACUCAACUCGACGGAUGUCGGUACGAUCAUGUCGUACAUGGAUCGAGCAUCGGACCAUAACGUAGCACAGAACAGAGCCGCUCAAAGCUAUCCCAAAAGGUUCAAGGAAAUUCGGGUCCAGGAUCUGGAACUGACUGGUCUUGUAAACGACGUCGACAUCAACUAUAUCAAUAAGAAUGCCCUCAAGAUCGUAGGUGACCAAGUGAUAACUGGGAGCAUAAACUUUGACAACAUAGUAACCAAAAACAUGGAAACUCCUAACAAGCGUCUCUCUGGAGUGGAUCUAAAUUACCUAGUAAUGACCGUACCGACACUCGAACAACCGGACUUCACCGUUCGACAAGAUGUGCAGUUCAUAAAUCCUGUCUACAUGGAGAAUCUGCACGUGGACGACCGUAUCAACCACAUCAACGUGAUCGACGAUCAACUGCAGGUCUUGUUGAAGGACCCCAAGGAACCUCAGCUUAUCACCGGGACCAAGAGCUUCGAUAAUGUACAGCUGUUGGGCCCGAUCUACCUCCAGGGUAAGAUCAACAGCAGUAGCCUUAGCAAGCUGAACCCGGUUUCCACGAUCACCCAGGACAUCUACCUGGAAGGUGACUUUGAAAUAGCCGGUGAUGUUACGGUGAGACGUCUGCUCAACGCUUCAAACAUCUUUGGAUCUACUGAAACGUACAACUUCUAUGAUCUGUACCACCACGGCCUUCCGCUGAGUGCCGCAUCCGCCAAUCAAAACUUCAUCUUCAAGAAACCGUUGGUCGUGCAACGAGCAUUCGCCAACUCUCUCAACGGCGUGAAUCCAAGUGACUUCAUCUCCGUGCCAUCAAACAAACUACAACGCAUCACUGGACGGAAAAUAUUCACCGGAGAUCUAACGAUACGCGGUGAUCGAGUCGACGCCGCAGUCAUCAACGAUAUUGAUUUGAAGCAACUGAACCAAACGGUGCUGAAGAAGUCCGGUGAUCAGGUCGUCGAGGGCACGAUUCACUUCAAGGAGCUGAUCGCAUCCAAUGUGAUUACGAAGACGACGCUUUUUGAAGAACGACCGCUGAGUACGCUUCUAACGGUGAAUACCAACCAGCACAUCAAAUCGAAGGUACGAUGCGUGAACUGCAAAUUGACGAUCCACGGGGACUUGAGCAUUGGACGAUUGGAUACGCUCAAAAACUCCAAAGUGUUUUCCUAUGAUCUAGAUUACUUGCUCGCCGACACGUUGCGGAAAAGCUAUGCCCCAAAUGAUACGAUCGCAGUGAUGGGAUCGAAAAGUUUCCACAAUGUAAGCGUAGGGGAGUUGAUCCUGCUGGACCAAGCUACGAUCAACGGAGUUGAUUUGAUUGGCUUGAAGAAAAUCAACGACCCUCUCGAGAGGGACGUCGUCGUGGAAGAGACGUUGAUCCUGAAGAAUCCUCUACACGUUCGUAAUGUGUAUUUCAACGGAUCGAUCAACGGUGUUGGACGGGACGAAUUUGGUCACUCGUGGUUACUUAAUGAGUACAAUCAAACGUUUACGGCGCCGCAGGUUUUCGAGCAUGUCGUUGCUGAAGGGGUCUUUGUCGAUGGAUAUUUCAAUGGGGUUAAUUUGGAGGAUUUAGUGAAGGAUCUGUUCUUUUUGGAUCGAAACGAGCGACUGCCGGAAGCAGUUUUUCAUGAGGGAAUCGUGUCCUACCAGCCGAUAGCAGUCAAGGGUCUCGUUUCGGGUUUAAACCUUUCCACGGACGUACUGCUGAAUUACUCUCCCAAGCGACAACACCUGAAAGACGUCCGAAUCGAUGGCAACCUGGUGGUAACCAACCGGAUACAUGUUGAGCACACACUCAAUGGGAUGAACUACGCUAAAAUGAGGGAAUUUGCUACAUCCAGUGGCAGGGAACGACCUCUGCACGUGGAAGUCCAAGGAAACGUCCACUUCCAGCUACAGCCGGAAGUUGGUCAAUUGAACGGAUUCAGCUUGGAACAGCUUCAUCGCGACGUUUGGUUGACCAAUCGGGAUGAAGUGUUGACCGGGGCGUACCGAUUCGAGAAUGUCCAUUUCGCUAGUUAUGUUCAUACUAAGGGACCGGUUAAUCAACUUGAUUUGGAGGAAAUUUCCCAGACCUACCUCAGCGUAUCCAAACCGCAAAACGUGACUACGCCGUUGGUUUUCAAGGGACCAGUGGAGCUCCAGAAAAUGGCAACUUUUGGCACUAUUGCACUGGGCGGGCUGCUCAAGGGAUCGAAAGAGUCGAGAGGAAUCGAUAUCGUCGAUUUUGAUAAAAAUGUUCUGAAAAAGAACGUUGAUCAAACCAUAACCGGCAAAUGGGUCUUCCACGAUGCGGAGGUUUACGGAAAUCUGAACCUGACCACCCUCAAUGGGCUGGACAUCCAGCAUGACAUCCUGUUGAGCCACGCCGAACAGGUAACAUUCACCGGCGCCAAACGGAUCGAUAACCUCCGGGUGCACAACCUUCGCUGCUCGGAACCGUGCAUCAUCCAAGGCGUAGACUUCAGCGAAUGGUUUGCCAAUGCUGUACGCUUGGACCGGAACCAUACCAUCGAAGGCAUCACCUAUCUGGAAGGAGCCACCAUAUUGAACGACAUUGAAUCCCUCGGUCCGGUAAAUAAUGUUACAUUCGAUCAGCAACAUUUACUGUUGAAGUCAGUUCCGCAAACGUUGGAAGGAACCCUAUACUUGAAAACUAAAUUCCCGGAGCAAAACCUAAUCUACCCGUCGUCGAUCGAGAAACUCGAGGUGGAAACGAUCAAUGGCAAGGACUUUAACCAGUUUAUGUCAAAUCUGGCUCGUGACGACCAGGGAACACUCAUGAUCGGUACGCCGGUAACCUUGGUACACAAUUUGCGAGCUCAGAACGUGAAUACGGGCGAUAGCAAGAUCUUUGGGGUGAACAUCAACCAACUGUUGCAGGAGGUCGAAUACGGUGAUCAGUUGAGCAAGUAUGAAACGAAGCUGCGCAGUCUACAUAUGGUCGGACAGUCACUCGUGGAGACUUUUAGCAGUAAAACGCCCUAUUUGAGUCACUAUCAACCGAUAAAGGCCUUACCGGGCUACUUCCGGAAUGUAGUGACGAUUGUGUUGCCUCUAUCUCCCGUACCUAUUGAACUUCUCGCUGCCCUCGUGGAUGACGGCAAUCACACGGCUGUUGAGUUCUAUCGCUGGAACAAGAAAGAAUCUCAGUUUCGAAUGGCGAAAGGAUUCCCUCCCAUCAAAUCUCCAGUUUCGAUUAUCACCAAAUUGAAGCGAAUCUCCCUAGGUGGGGUGCAGAACCUUUUCGUCGAAUUUUACGACCCUAUGCGUCAAAUCUAUCAGCAGUCCAUUCUGGAUCUUGAAGCGCCGGAUUUCCUAGCACCGAAGCAGUCACCAAAGUUUACCGUCAUUUACGAGUUCAACAGUACCCUUCCCAGGGAUAUUGUUAUGCUCAAGCUAAUGGAUCUGGACUGCGUAGGUCUAUUUUCCCCGCUCGUCGAUGGAAUGAACGUCUAUUGUCUCCGAUUGGAAAACCUAGUGUACUACCUGAAGUUCCAGCAGUUGCUGGCUACGCCUGCCGUUAAGCAGGCUCUGCACUUGGACGGGCGUUUGAUCUUGCUGAGCCGGGAUAACCUGUUGCAAGUUUGGCGCCCUCUUGCAGACUACAAACUUGGACUAUUCCAGCUGGUUAAGAUAGCCCAUCCAUCUUUCAUAACCGCCGUCAAAUUCGAGCAGCAACUUUUCAUUGCCAUCAAUUCCGAACACGAACUGACCGACACCGCUCAUCACGGAUCGGUCGAGAUCUGGCGUGACCUACGGCCGCAGCAUCGCAACAGCACCUUCACCAAGUAUCAAACCAUUCUGACUAAGGUUCCGAAGCAGAUUCAGUUUUCGGUUAUUCCGGCGACCUCGGAGCUGAUGCUGUACACUUUGACGGGGAAUCCGUUCCAUCCGCUGGUGAUCUACCGAUACGAGGGAGUCGCCGGAUUCCGCGAAUAUUUGACGAGUAAUGCUCUGCGGACCAGCAGUCAAAGGCUGAUGGUGGUCAAGUUGGAUCGGAAACAGCGGGAACUGUUGGCGUUGGUUGGCAACCGGGAGUUAACCUUCAUCGAAGCGGUUAUCAAGGGGAGAUAGAUUUUUUUUGAGCGUUUAUAUUUGUA